AUGGCAAAAGAUCGAUUCCGCGUCAUCAUUGUUGGGGGAGGCGUAGCUGGACUCACACUAGCUAAUGCUCUUGAGCAAGCUGGUGUGGAUUAUCUACUCCUCGAAGCACGAGAUACUGUGGCACCGGACCUUGGGGCCACAAUCGGCAUCCAUCCUAAUGGAGCCCGGAUUCUUGAUCAGCUUGGCAUCUGGGCCAAGAUAGAGGUAGCAGAGAGAAUGACUCCGCGCAAAUUGGGCAUGGUAUACUAUCACCGUGAUAACAAAGGCAAUCUGAUUUGCCCUGCCGACAAUAUACCGAAACUGCUCACCGCCAGAACGGGUUAUUUCCUUCGGUUUCUCGAACGAUGGGAACUUCUUGCGAUCAUCCGUGACAAUCUGAAAGACCAAAGUAAAAUCCUUGUGAACAAGAAGGUCACUGAUAUCAAGGAUGGAGACGAUAUUGCAACAGUAAUCUGUGAAGACGGCUCCCUGUUCCACGGCGACCUUGUUGUUGGCGCAGAUGGGGUAUUCAGCAAGACACGGGCGAAGAUUUGGGAGCUUGCCGAACCCGAGAAUCCGGGACUGGUGAAGCUCGGCGAUAUCCCGCGGUACACAGACAAGGAAGUCUGCAAGGUUGAAGCCCGGAAGCUUGUCACAAGGAAUCUUGAUAUCGUGAUUCGGUCUUCCCCAGAGCGCAUCACCAUGAAAGACAUUUGGGAAACGACAGUAAAGUACAACGUGACCGCUACAGAGGAGGCAACGUUCAGGCUAUGGCACUGGGGCCGCCUGGUAUGCGUUGGCGACAGCGUCCAUAAAACAACACCUAACAUGGCAGCCGGCGGGAACAUGGCAAUUGAGAGCGUGGCUGCUCUCGCCAAUGGCAUUAAACAACUUGCAGACUCAUUCGCCGCAACAAAACGCCGCCCAACUCGUGCUGAGAUCGAACAGGUGAUGUCGGAGUACCAGAAACGGCGCUAUGCCCGUGCCAAAAGGGGAGUCGAAGAUUCGGGUGUUUAUACACAGGCCAACAAUAUGGACAGCUUACCCGGACUUGUGUUUAGGUACUCGCUACCCUUGAUGAUGGACGUCCUUCCCGAGCUUGCCGCAAACACGAUGAUCGCGGCCGAGAAACUCGAUUUCCUCCCGCUCCCUUCGACCUCGCUAACGGGCACCAUGCCGUACAACCAAUCUCAAGGAUCCGAGAAGCGCGAAGGCAUUCUCAAGCGAAUGGCAUUCGGCUUUCCCAUGUUGCUCCUCCUAGUCUUGGCAGUAUAUGUCAUGGAUUUGAACCCAGCGGUGCCCCUCAUAGAGGAAGUGCUGGCCAAGGGCAGCGUGGAGGUGGAUGGCAUCACCGUCCCAAUUCAGCGGACCUUCUUUGGGCAGCAAGGCGUAGAUGACUGGACGUCUGCGAUCAAUACGUUCUUUUUUCCAUGCAUCUAUGACCUCGUUGAAGGCGCCUGGCACCAAAUCCUUUCGUUUUUGACGGAUGGCGUGGUGCUAUUGACGGUCUUAAUCUAUGAGGCGAAUCGCAGGGCGAAUCACCUCACACUGUUGCAAUGGCCCAUGCUUUUCGCUUUCGCGGCCCAGUUUGUCGGGAUUGGCCUCAUCGGCCCUAUCUACACAUUCAUCCACUAUGUGCUUUCUCCUUUGGACAAGUACGCUGCUUCCGAUCAGCGGCUAACAAAUGUCCGCGCCACCAAAGCUGCUCUUCCUGCUGUAGCUCUGGGUCUUCUCGUUCCAGUUUACUUAAGCAAUGGCAUUCCUCCUAUCCCACUCUCUCUAAACCCGGAACCCCUCUCUCCAGAUCAACGGCUUCGGCAAUUUCAAUGGCAACAAACCAUGCUCGGCAUCUUUUUCCAGCCCUAUCCGAUUCUGGUCUCUGUCUUCCUGUUCUUUAUCUCUCGGAUUUGGAAUGACACCACGGAGGAAGACAAGUAUAAAAACACAGGGCGCGACUUGCCAGUAAUAGAGUGGUCUGUUGGGCUGGCCAGUAUAUUCUCUGCUGCACUGUGGAUCUGGUCAACGUCGCUCUCUCCCACAAGAAUGCAACAAGUCUUCAUCCCUAAGGGUCUGCUGAAGGAUAUUGACAGCAUGUGGAUUUUCGCGGCAGAGUUCCUGAAGUGGGACGAGGUCUUCGGUCUAGGAUCGUACCUUCUCUGGCUCGCCUACCUCUUUUGGGACUUAAAGGUUGCGGAGCCUGGCCUCGGUGGGCCAGCCGGACCUGAGCAGUAUAGGGCCGCAACCACUGGCGGAAUCCAGGGUGCGGACACAACACCACUCUCCACGCUGGGGCCGAAGUAUGAGCAAGCUCUCACGAUAACCGGUUAA